AUGUUUAAGAGGGAGAUCUCCAUGUGCGAGUACAAAAAAGUGCCCCAGAUUCAGUUCAACGUGCACGGACAUAAUGGUCCAUUUCUUGUCGACUCUGAAAUUAUUGUCAACGAUCUUGCCAAACAAAUGGGGAUGGAAAAACAACUCAAGGAUUCUGAAAUAAACCGCUGGCGCGAGUGGGCUCGUGGCCCAUUGGUUCGUCUUGUGACUCUCGAAUUCAACUCUUCUCUUUACAAGGCAUGGUGCGGUUACUCUUACAUCGAUGACAUCGACACCAUUCCGUAUCAAAACAAACUUUUUCUGAAGGUUGUGGGUGCGCCAGUGAUGUAUCUCGUCGCUCAAUAUGUUACCAAACCACGCCUCAUUAAGAGUGGACAUCUCUCACCUGGUGAGGAAGCAAGGGAACGUCUCCAUAGUGAGGUCCGUAAAUUUCUUGAAGAAGCGCUUUUGAACGGUAAAAAGCCCUUCCACGGGGGUUCAGCGCCGGACCUUGCUGACUUGGAUACCUAUGGCGUGCUGCAAUCGGUUAGGGGCCAUCGCGUGUAUGACGACAUUACUCAUUCGACUUCAAUCAAGUCAUGGUUGGAUAGAAUGGAUACCCAAGUUCACCAUGCGCGGGCUGGUGCGUAG